UGUUUUAUGGGUAUAUAGAAAUAUAAUUAAUAUCAUAGUUGAUAGAAUGGGAUAGUUUAGAAAUAGAAGUGAAAAUUAAAAAAAACUAUAUUUAUAAUUUAAAAUAUACAAGAUAAUCUAGUGUAUUGUGAAGGUGUUUUUUAAAUGGUAAAUAAAUUUGUAAUAGAUUCAGAUGGUUUUAAAUAGUUGUUGGAUGAAUUGAUGAAUGUUUAAAAUUGAGAUGAAAUGAAGCAGAAUUAAUUAUUGGCGAUAUUCAUAAAAAAUGCUGAUAUUUAUAAUUUAUUUAAUAGUUUGGUUUAAAGUAUAAGGAUAAUUAGAGAUAGUUAGAGAAUGAAGAGGUUAAUAUUAAUGAUUGAAUUGAG